ACAAAUAUAAAUGAACUCUGAACGCAGCAUUGAUUCCCCCAAAUUAGUUCAUCAGCUGGCAGCGGCAUGAGUUGUGCAGCAAGACUGAGCUUCAAAUUUCAAGGUUAAUCUUGCCGGUAAUUUCAAUAACUUUGUCCUACAAAUACAAACGUGUAGUUUUCCCGUUGAUAAGAUCAAUUGUUGGUGCCACAAGUGUAUUGAACCUUGUUUAACAUGCCUUCGCGAUCAGAAGACAUCUUAGAAGGUUUCCAAAUCAACUGGAUGAACUUGCGGGAUGCUGACACAGGACGCAUAUUGUGGCAAGGAACUGAUGAUUACACUGCGCCUGACAUGGAGCAUGAAGCUCGAGUCCCGCGCAAAAUUCUACAGUCCAGAGCUGUGUCCCGUGAGAUUUCCUUCUCUAGUGUUGUGCCCAUGGAUAAAUUCAGACUUGAACAGCGAGUGUAUUACAAGGACGCCAUAUUAGAGGAGUGGUUUUUCGACUUCGGUUGCGUCAUCCCGAACAGCACGAACACCUGGCAGAGCCUCAUCGAGGCGGCGCCUGAGUCCCAGAUGAUGCCCGCUGACCAGCUCAGUGGUAACGUGGUUAUCGAAACCAAGUUUUACGAUGACGACCUACUGGUCUCGACGUCUAAAGUUCGUCUGUUCUACAUCUGAGCUGUCGGACUGCUGAACCAAACUACCGUCACCUGCGUGGCACCUCAUCACAAGUGCACCACGGGAGUGUGCUGCAACAUUCACUAGUGCACCACGAGAGUGUAGUGCAACAUUCACUAGUGCACCACGAGAGUGCAGCGUAACAUUCACGAGUGCACCGUUAGGGUUUGGUGCAACUUUCACGAGUUCACCACAAACGAGGAGUGCACCGAUGAAGAGUGGCUACAUAUAACGAGAACACGACGUUAGUGCAGCGCAACAUUCCCUAGUGCAACACCGAAGUGUGCCGCCGUGGUGUUUUGUUGUAAAUCACAUUAAACGCACAGUCUUCCGCACGACUGGCAUGCAUAUGCAUCACUGCACUAACCUACUGACACAAUAUUAGUGCAUUGAUGCAAUGAAUGGAACAAAAUCUCUGUGUAUGAAUACAAAGGUUGUUACCAGAACAAGUUAGUGAGUUGAACUGGAGCUUACGAAUGCAGCUGUUGAAAACUAUUGCAAAAAUUUGUGCUUAUUGCAAAUUGUUUUCAUGUUUACAUGGUUACUCACGGUUGAUGUUCAUAUUUGUUAGUUGGCCAUUUAUUAUUUUGUUAGAGAUACCCUGGCCACUGAAGUAACUAACUUCAACUCAGUCGAAUUUCAAAGUAUAAAUUUCCUAUCAAAUUUGAAAUGUAAUGCUCUUGGCAUACCUCAUUAAAAUUGUAACUUCAGCAGCAAUCUCUUUUUAUCAAUUUUUUCAGUUCUGAAUAUUCGUUGCUAGUUAACUUACGAAAGGUUCCACUUUUAACGUGAUAUUUAUUAUAGUUGACAUCGUUGUUUGUUUUUCCCUAUGCAACUUUUGUUAUUGUACUGUCCACGGGCGGCACUAACGGCUAAUAAGCUCCGUCUUUGUCUUCAUUGUACGUCUAAUUUUGCGUUCAGUUAUUUUGUAAUUUUAUUUUGUUCUGUAUGGAAAAUAAAUACGACGAAUUACGCUGGUAGUCUUUGGAGUUAUAUAGUAUUGCAAGUGUCUAGUCAGCGAUGAAACCUCGUAAAUUCACCAUUUAUUGUGCCUCUUACAUUCAUCAUGUGGACGAAUGUAAUGGUGCAUGUCUGUGGCGAGGUUAGUACGUAGUCUUCUUAUGUCGUGAUUGUGCUCAAAAUAAAUCCGUGCCUGGAAUUAGUUAACUGUUAACGCGUAUGGAAAUAAUCGAGACUGCACCAAGCAUGGUCCAGGUGUGGCCAUCAAUGACAUUGUAUCACGUUUUUUGACGAAUUAGUUGUUGAUUUCAAGUAAAUCUUCCUUUUAGAUGAAUUAAACUAAUAAGUUGUAUAUUUUUCUUACCGGCCAAUUUCGAGUCCUAAGUUGUUUGAAUAAGAAGUUGUUAAUAUUAAGUAGCUCUUUCUUUCGUGUAAACUCAUUAUUUGUACAUUUUCGUCACGAAAACGAAUGCCAUUCCUACUUUAUAAUUGAUUGCAUGUAAGAAUGUACUUCGCUCUUAUUUUCAAGACAAAACGCACACAUUCUGCUGGACUUCUUUUCAACUCGUCGGCGUUAUUGCACCUCUUGCAGUUCUAUUUAAAUAGCUUUGAGAUAUGGCGACUGCGCUUUAUUUUUCAAUUGUUACUUACUUGCUGUGUCAUUACUUAUGUUUUCCGUUGAGUAACCAACGAUUGACUUAAUCUUUCUUAUAAACGGUCUUUAGCAUGCAGCUAAAUAUAAGAUGCGGUUGCUGAGAUUACAUACUUACAUUUUUGUAAGUAAAAUGAACAGGUUUUCGAGUACCUAUUGCGGAGGAACUCUACGUGGUUGUCAAGAUCAUUGUUUUUUUACCUUUAUAUUGGUAAUAUACAUUUAUUAUUCACAAAUAAUAGAUUAAUGUUAAUUGGCUCGAGUAUGUGACCAGUUUAUUGAAAUGCAACGUUCAAUGAAAAAUCAAAAGAUGAAUAAAAUGUUAUAUUAAGUGGAGCUCGUUAAUCAUAUGCUGAAAAGGUGAGCUACGCUCAAAUUCCCAAGACAUUUCCAUCCGAAUUGUACUACUGAAUAAUCAAUAAACCUUUUAUCUAGCUCUAAUAUUAUCAGGGAGUAAAAGUGGGAACCGAAACGUGUACUUGCAGAGAUUUUUUAGAUUUGCCAGCUUGUGUGAAAUGUGAACAGAUAACAUGAUUUUGUGCGAGAAAUUAAUUACUUCAAUGGUACUACCGGGAUGAAGAAAAUGACAUUAGUUAAGACAUUGUCUAACCAGUAAUUGGUAGGGCAUGGUGGAGUUAAUACUAAGCCAUACUACUUGGUAACUACUAAGCCAUAAGUUAACCAAUGGCAGAAAAGCCGUCUAGUAGCUAAUAUCAAUUGAGCAACGUGUUAAAUAAUAUUUAGGGAACUGUAUCAUAAAUCAACGCCUCUGCCAGAAACACGCCGCUCGACGACCCACUUUAAUAGUAAUAGAAGACUCGUUGAAUCAUUUUAACUCUUCGAAUAAUUGCAUCUAAUCAUGUUUCUGUGCUUGCCUCUGUUUUGAACGAUGAAAGUUAACUUUUGAUGUAAAUUUCUUAUGAAAUUUUGUAUUUAGUAUGCCCAUUUUCUUGUGAGAAUUAGAGAAUUAUCAGUGUUCAUGUUAUGAUGUUUGUGUUCAUGCUUCUUUCUGUUGCGUCUUUGUUGUAGGACUUGGCGCUUGAGUUCAUAGAUAUCUCAGAUUUCAUUAAAUCCAAGCUUUGUGGAUGAAGAUCAUCGAAGAAUUCAUGACAAACGUAUUGUGUCAUGUAUAUAUUAUUGGUUAAUCCAUUAUCAAAAUCGGGCUGGUAAGUUUCAUUUUGAUCUAGUGUCUAAAAUUAUUUCUGAUAUUCUUCAAAUGUCUGGGUCUUGUUAUCAUCAAAAUUUCUUCGACUUGAACAGAUAUUCUUCAUUUUUUAUUAUCAAUUUAUUACAAGAAUAGAGAGGAUCUAAGUGUCAUUUUGUGUGCUCUCUUCAACGAGAAAUUUUCAAUUUCAACGCCAUUAAGGAUGGACCGUAGACUUGUAUCUUUAUGACGAAUACCCCGUUCUAAAUAAUGGCGUCUUGAAAGCUAGAGAUAUAAAAACGAUGUCAAGUAACUUCUACCCAAUUGCAUAUCGUUGAUAUAUAGUUAUAGACAUCAUAAAUUAAGUAUGAAUUAAAGCGAUGUAACGAUGUGGCUGUCAGAUUCAGUCACAACCAAGGCUCAGUAAAGGGACCAAUUACCUUCUAGUUGUUGAUAAUGUUUAGGUUUAAAGACAUCGUUAUUUUCAUGACUAAUCUCUAAGUCCUUGCUAUGUUGCCAUUUAUGCGUUGCCUCAUUGAUGUAAGGGCGCGUACACAUGUCGGUCCUCGUGAAUUAACUCUGACCACGUGCAACGUGAUUUAUGCUCCGCAGAGGUUGUACCAUGGGAGCCAUCAACCCGAAAACUUUGCUAUUCCUAACAUCUAAUCAAUAGAAUUUCGAGUCUUUGAAUGAAUUUAAAGAUUAUGUAAUUUUCAAUCAAGAAUUUGUCAGGAAUGAAACGUGAAUGAAAUUAGUCUCGAUAAUCAUGAAUGCUCGUGUCAUGAAUUUACAUUAUUUCCGUCACGUCAUUGAGAAACAAUGCACUGUAGCUCGUUUGACUUGUUAUUUUAAGGAAUUUUUUUUGGCCAUCUUUAACGCUAGAAUAAUUUAGAAGAAAGGUACUGACUGACGUGUCUACAUUUGAGCAGUUCAAUUGUUUCUGAAUAUCUGAAACUAAUUUCGUGGUUGCUAAUGCAUCGAAUUACACUUGAAUUGAAGCGAUGACAUUUUGCUUUUACGAUGCCAUUUUACCGUGAUUUUGAACAAAUUGAACUUAGUCUUUCCUUCGCGACUGUGUCCUACCACAUCGGGAUUGCACAGAUGCUUCUAGUCUAUUCUUGUCCGAGGACGAAAAAUCGCCUCAUUACCAAGCGUUCGUUCAUUUCAUUACUUUCUUUUAUCUUUGAUUAAUUUGUUUAAUUUCUCUACUGAUAUCUCGGUUAAAUAUUCUUCAGUCAUCACGAGGGCUUUAUAAGCAUGCAUCGCAUCGGAUCAUCCUACUCUCACCUCACUAAGACUGCGUUUGCACGCGCACGUGUUUCAGCUUUCAUAUUAUAUCAGGUAUCCGUCCAGGUAUCACCGUCAUGCUCUAAGUACAUUUGUUUCAAAAU